AUGGCUCCUGGGACCGUUUUUCAUCUACCUAACGCUUUUAGAACAGUGGCGGCAGCGUUCAGAGAUGCCUGCGCGAGAAAUGAUUGGCCAUGCCCAUCACCGACCCUGCCCCACUUAUCAUUAUAUAUUUUGAGAGACAAGAGAUUUCGGAGCAUAGAGAAACCUGCCCUUCAAAAGAAGAGAAGAGACACCGACCGGAAGCGAUCAACAGAGGGAGUUCACCAUGCAGAAAAACCUGGCGGCAGCCAUUCUCUUGGUGGUCCUUUGCGGAGACGUUUGUCUCUGUUGGAGACCGAGUGGUUCCGGGAGCAGGCGGAAUAGGAAAAGUUCCACCAGUAGCACCACCAAACAGCCAACCACAACACCGGCAUCGACCAUCCAGAAAAAUCUGUGUUACGGCGGUCAAAUGAUCGACAACAUGGAAUUAGAGUUAAACGACACCAAGUUUUACAAGGAUAAUUGGAAGGCUUUUCCAGACGGACUUUAUUACCCCAACUGCUUCUCGCCUCGACGGCCUAAUAUGACCCAAGAAGCCCUCAUUGGUGAAUGUGUUAAUUUCACGAUGACUUCAAGCAAGCUGAAGCUCCCUAAAAAGAAGGAGUCCAGCAACCCAAAGGACAGGGUGAUGUGGGUUGUGAUUAACCAUUUGUGCGCAAAUGAAUCUUGUGGUCAGCCAUGCUCACGACCUUCAAACGCUGGAGGCUGCCAUUACAUUGAUCGAUUAUUGAUGAUUGUCUUAGUCGGUUGUUCUGUUCUUCUGGGCCAAAUAAAGUUACAAGGUCAAGUUCCUGAUAUGAAAACCUAAGGUAGCAUCCAAAGUUAGUCCUACUUAGAGUACACCCAUUACAAUGAAUGUGACUUAAGUUAGGCAUGGCUGACUUAAGACCCCGUCAUUUCAAUGAGUCUACUCUAAGUAGGACUAACUUUGGCUACUAUCCCUAGUAGGGAAUAAGCUGAUAUCAAAGGGUACUAAUAGCCCUGUCACCCCACGCUUGAAUUCCUACUUGUCAAGCAAAUGAAUUAAUCAGCAGUACAUAAGCAUGCCCUAUCAUUUCCCAAUCAUCAGCUUUGUCAUUUACACUCUGCACAUCUGAGAGUAGCAUGUAAAUUAUUAUAACAACGCAACGUUGUAUCAGUGAUUUAUUUGGUGCCAGAAAG